AUGGGGUCUGUUCAGCAGACCACGGUCCACAAUACGACUUCACUCGCUCUCGAGGCGAGUCAGGCAUCCUUGUAUAUGCUCGGGCAGCUCCGAAUCGGAGAUUUCUUUUUAACGUAUCGUUCUUUAUGGGCCAUCGACCCAAUAGACCGGGUUGUGUGCCUUUACGAUGCGUUUUUUACUCCAGCAUUGACGAGCAGGCCAAUCAGAGAUUACCACGGACCCCCCUCUCAACACCACGAAAAUCAUCCCUCGAGGGUUUUCAGCCAAUCGGCGGGCGCCUAG